AUGUUCAGCGAGCUGUAUGCUCCGAUGCUUUCCGGCUACGGCACAGAGGGCUUCUGGGGCAUGGUUGUGCUGCAGGCCAGUCAUGUCGAUGAAAGCAUCAAGCACCUGGUCAUUGCAGCAUCAAACUUGAGCUCGAGCAACAACGUCCCGUUCCUUGCCCACUACAGCAGGGCACUGCAGAUUCUGAGUCGCUCUCAGAACGUCGACGUCAUCAUCAUACUCAUUGCCUGUGUCUUGCUCACCGUUUGCGACGAGCUUCAGAACCGCGGCGACAGUGCACAGCGCCACAUCUUGGCAGGCGAGAGAAUCUUGGCAGAACAAGAUGGGUUAUCUUUGGGUCCUUGGAGAGACAGCUUUGUCUUGAAAGAAAUCAUGUCGACCUUUUCCCGUCUUUGCUCCCCAAGGCCUAUGAUAUCUCGGGUUGCCUAUCCGUCAACUUGA